AUUAUGCUAAUGAAGGGAUGACGUUUAUUGGACAAAAACUUUUUGAAUCAAAUUCGAGUAACAAAAUGAUGUGAACUGAUAAUGAUAUUUCUGAAGCAUCCAAAGGUUAGGAUAGGAAAUUACAAAACUAUUUUUACCGAACGUUUUUAUCCCACUGCAAACCAGUUUCAUUCCACCGUAUUUAUAAAAAUAUAGCAUUCACGAAGUUACACAUAAUGGGAAUCAUAAUAGGAAAAUUCAGGAAGAAGAAGAGCACUUUUGAAAUCCUGGAAAAAUUAGAAGAACAAAUAACUUCCAUUGAGGAAUUUGGGAGGAGCACCGAACAGUUCAGAAAGAAGAUAAUCGGAAGAUUUGUUCUCCUAGCUGUCUUGUUCUACUUACUUUUGGCCUUAUUCCUUUUUUACUAUUAUAAUAAACUUUCAUCGGAUCGGAGGUUGAUUUACUGCAUACCAAUCUUUGCAUUCCCAAUAAUAGUAUGGAUAAUCAAAAGUUUCAUGACUUGGUACUACAGUCGGAAAAUUCAGCGAAAUGAAAAAAAGUUGAUCAAAUUGAGGGAUGAAAAGAAAAAGAUACUGGAUAAUGUAAUGGAAACUGAAACCUAUAAGGUGGCGAAGAAGAUCCUUGACAAAUUUGGAAACGAGCCUACCAAAGUUCCCCAGUUAACCCUUUCAGGGUCCACUCCUGUAACUUCAAAAGAUAAGAGUAUGGUACCCACCACCAUGAGGCCGAGUCAAACAGUUCUCCGGCAGAGAAUCGUAGGCCCGCAGAACGUCAAAGGUCGCCUGUCAUUCGGGUCUUCUGUAGGUCCCGCCACUCCUUACCCUGAAAGGACUUUCAUCCAACCGGCCAUGUCUGCUGCUAGACCCGCUAUCCAGUAUCAAGGAACUCCCAUGCAGACCUUCGGCAACCAGGCGACUCCCUUACGAGUCUCCAGCACAGCUUUGGCUUUGCCUAGGAGUAUCCUGCCUAAGGACCGAACCGUCCUGGAUAAGAUGAUUCAUUUUUUGAUAGGAGACGGACCUUCCAAUAGAUUCGCGCUCAUUUGCCAGAAGUGUUCCGCGCAUAAUGGCAUGGCUUUCAAGGAAGACUUCGAAUACCUCUCGUAUCGCUGCUGUUACUGUUCUCACUUCAACCCUUCGAGAAAGCAGAGACCAACCGGUCCCGCUCUGGAAACCACGAAAGCAACUACCGAAUCGAUUUCAGAUUCCGACAAAGAAACCAUCGAAUCUGACGAGGAACAGGCAACCACCCAACUGAGAAGCGAGUCGCCCGACACAGAGAGAAACUCGGACUUUGAUAAACUCUCAGACAUCGACCCAAAGGAAAUGGAAGUCGAGUCUUCCGCCAAACGUAUAGAGUUCGAACCUUUCGCCGAAAGCAAAGAGUUAGAAUCUUCCGCCGAAAGAAAAGAGUUAGAACCUUCCGAACAUGUUGGAGAAGGUUCCGGGGAUGGACAGGAUUUGAAUCCUUUCUCUGAAGACAUCGAUCGAACCCACAUUGCUGUGGACGCAGGCAGUGUUGACAGUCCGAUGGAAAUCGAUGCUGGAGAUUUGUCCGUCGAAGCUCCGACUGAAAACUUAACUGAAGCCUGAAGAAAGACUGACUUCUCAAUAUCUUUUAGUAAUUCGUCUUGUACGCACUUACUUGCAGUGAAUUAUAUGAGGGGCCAAUGACUAGGGAGCGCUAGGUAGGGAAAUAUCUGCUCUGAGCUCGGCGAAUGUACGUGUGUUUUUUUUUAGAUAGGCAGAGGAGAGCAUGGUGUAUUUUAUUUAAUUUUUUUCAGGGUUUGCUGUGAUUACUUUUCCAUGUUUUUCUUCAAAUAUUUCCUUUUAUUUAUUUUAUAUUUGUCCCUAGUUUUUCCUCUCGAGUAUUCUCCAUUCUUAUUCUUGAUUUUUAUGUUGGACCUUAUAAACUGUUCCUAACGAAGGCGCUGAAGGACCAUAGAGUAUUUUUUUUCAACCGAUAGUUUACACUCUUGAAUAUAAAAAAUUUCUAAGUGGCCCUUGAGUGAUUUUGUAUCUUAUAGUUUUUCAGCAGAAAUGAAUUCAAAAGCCCGCUUUUCACAAACAUACCUGAUUUUAAUCUGCAUUUUGGGAUUCAUAUCCUCUUCUAGCAUUUCUAAUUGCAAGACCAUCAUUUUCAUUUUUACAAUCAAAAAAACCACGUUUGAGAUUUGUGUCAUAAUUUUCUUUAUGUUCAGCACUUUUGUUACAUUCAUCAGUAAAAUUUCCUUCUCAAGACUAAGACAAAGAUUAAUUGAAAUCAAUUCAAAGAUGAAUUGUGUGUGGAAGAUAAAAGUACUCAGAAAAUGCAGAUCUAUUCCGCAUAUACAUCGAGGGAAAUCCAUUAUUUUCCGAAAUCACAUAAAUUAUGAAAUAAUAUAUCUUGUGAUCGAAUUUUUCUAGUAUUUUUGGUCAGAAAAGAUAUUUGGCCGAGUUUUUCUUCAAAAAUAUGAACAAGAUCUUUUUGGUUUUGUUAUUUUCCGAGAUUAUUGUAUUUCUCAGCCUUCGAUUCUUUUUCAUAACAUCCUGGAAAAAGUUGCGAUCUGAAAAUUUGUCAGGAACCUUUCCUUUGCUCAAAAAAAACCCUGAAUAUUAUAUGUACUAUGCAAAAAUAAAGUUGGAUACUUUGAGAAAGAUUAGUAAACUGAUAAAAUAGUUCUUAGUGAACACAAUGUACCCGAGUUGAUAAUUUUCUUGUGAAGAAAAUUAUACAACUUUUAUUGACAUGCAACAUAAUCAUAAGAGGUAAUAUUUCGUUUUGCUUUUUUGCUCUCGCUCUUUUUCAAUUUUGAAAGAAAGAACAUCGAGAAGAAGCAUUUAGUGAAUUUUAACCAUUUUUUGAAUAAAUCCAUUCCACUGUCCUUUGCCAUUCACACGGUGCAUUUUUCAAGCCAAACGUGAACCUGACGUAAUGAUUUACAAAAAUUGUAAUCAAAGCGAACUGUUGUGAUACAAAAAUACAUAUCACAAAUUGGGCAUCAGAGUUUGCUAUUUUUGCUUUUUUGAAAAAGAUUAGCUCCUUUGAAAAGUGCAUUGUCCAAUAUUCAACCCAGUGCUGAUUAAAACCAAUAUUUUGAAUAUAUGAUAUUAAGUGUCUUCCUGGAAGAUUAUUCACCUGAGUCUGAAUAAAUAGUUGAAAAAAUUUUGUAUAUAAUUGAACUGGAUGAUAUUUAGUCAAAAAUUGAAAGGAAGAUAUCUUGUGCUAUUCGCUCACGUACUGUUAGUUUACUUAUUUAUUUUUAAUUUUAAUUUUGCAGUCAUUGGCCUGUCUUAGAUAUUUGUCUGUGUUUGUCUUAUUUAUUAUAUUUUGUAAUUUUGGGGGUUCAUGUACUGCAACAAAAGUAUAUAUGAUUAUCUUGUUGAAUUUUAGACGUCUUCGCCAUCUCCCCCCAAAUAGAAUUGGUUUGUCUCUAUGGCUCAUUUGAUAUAAUUUCAACUGGAUGAUGAAUUUUUUUAUUCAAUAAUAUUGAAAAGUAGCUCAAAUGAUCUGCAAAAUAUUAUGAGGUUGAGAAAAUUGUAGUAGUUUGCUUUAAUAUAAUUAAUAAUAACAGCAGACAAUUUUUCAAGAACAAUAAUGAUUUUUUUCACUGUUUUCACUUUUGGAUUUUAUAAUGGCUUUGUUUCGACAAGUAAAUAAUUUAUGUCUCAUCGUCUUCCACUGUCGCUUCGAUAAUUGUUAUUCAUUGAAGAAAUUACAUCAUGCGAAACAGUGAGUAAUCUCCAAUCAAAUUUUUCUUGUUUCUUGAGUUUUUUUAAGUAUCUUUAAUACAAUGUAAAUAUCUUUAUAUGUAUAUAACCGUUUGUUGUUUUUUUUGAAGGAAUGAUGGAUAUUUUGCAUUUUGAUUUUAAACGGUUAGGGAGCUGUGAAAAGGAUUGUUCGCUCGUUUUAUGGAUAGGUGCCUUUAUCGCAUUUUUGGUAACAUACUGCGCUACUAAUAUUCCGAGUUAAUAAAGUCAUUAAUAAUUUUUUUUUAGUAUAUAUUUGUUAUAACUGUUGAGUGGUUUUAAAACAAAAUAUAAUCAACAGAUUAACCUGUGGUUUUAGUGGUGCAGUAUGGAUUCGCAUUUUUAUACUCAAUAAAGCUUAUAUGCAGACCUGA